UCCGCCAUGGCGACCGCGACCCCCGUGCCGCCGCGCUCGGGCAGCCGCGCCGGCGCGCCCGCCACGCCGCUGAGCCCCACGCGGCUGUCGCGGCUGCAGGAGAAGGAGGAGCUGCGGGAGCUGAACGACCGGCUGGCCGUGUACAUCGACAAGGUGCGCAGCCUGGAGACGGAGAACAGCGCGCUGCAGCUGCAGGCGAGCGAGCGCGAGGAGGUGCGCGGCCGCGAGCUCACCGGGCUCAAGGCGCUCUACGAGGCCGAGCUGGCCGACGCGCGCCGCGCGCUCGACGACACGGCCCGCGAGCGCGCGCGGCUGCAGAUCGAGCUGGGCAAGGGCAAGGCGGAGCACGACCAGCUGCUGCUCAGUUAUGCAAAGAAAGAAUCCGAUCUUAAUGGAGCCCAGAUCAAGCUUCGGGAAUAUGAAGCGGCUCUGAACUCCAAAGACGCAGCUCUGGCUACUGCCCUCGGCGACAAGAAGAGUUUAGAGGGCGACGUGGAGGACCUGAAGGACCAGGUUGCCCAGCUGGAGGCCUCCUUAGCGGCUGCCAAGAAACAGUUAGCAGAAGAGACUUUACUCAAAGUGGACCUGGAGAACCGCUGCCAGAGCCUCACCGAGGACCUGGAGUUCCGGAAAAACAUGUAUGAAGAGGAGAUCAAUGAGACCAGGAAGAAGCACGAGACACGCUUGGUCGAGGUGGAUUCAGGGCGUCAGAUUGAGUAUGAGUACAAGCUGGCGCAAGCCCUGCAUGAGAUGAGGGAGCAGCACGACGCGCAAGUGCGGCUGUACAAGGAGGAGCUGGAGCAGACCUACCACGCCAAGCUUGAGAAUGCCAGACUCUCCUCAGAGAUGAAUACUUCCACUGUCAACAGUGCCAGGGAAGAACUGAUGGAAAGUCGUAUGAGGAUCGAGAGCCUUUCCUCUCAACUUUCAAAUCUGCAGAAAGAGUCUAGAGCAUGUUUGGAAAGGAUUCAAGAACUGGAGGACAUGCUUGCUAAAGAAAGAGACAACUCUCGGCGGAUGCUGUCUGACAAAGAGCGAGAGAUGGCAGAAAUCAGGGAGCAGAUGCAGCAGCAGCUGAAUGACUAUGAGCAGCUGCUGGACGUGAAGCUGGCCCUGGACAUGGAAAUCAGCGCCUACAGGAAGCUCCUGGAGGGCGAGGAAGAGAGGCUGAAGCUGUCUCCAAGCCCUUCUUCUCGGGUGACCGUGUCCCGCGCGUCUUCGAGUCGCAGUGUCCGCUCCACUCGCGGGAAGCGGAAGAGAGUGGACGUGGAGGAGUCGGAGGCCAGCAGCAGCGUCAGCAUCUCCCACUCCGCCUUCGCCACCGGCAGCGUGUGCAUCGAGGAGAUUGACGUGGAUGGGAAGUUCAUCCGCUUGAAGAACACUUCAGAGCAGGAUCAACCAAUGGGAGGCUGGGAGAUGAUCAGAAAAAUAGGAGACACAUCAGUCAGUUACAAAUAUACCUCAAGAUAUGUGCUAAAAGCUGGCCAGACUGUUACGAUUUGGGCCGCCAACGCUGGAGUCUCCGCCAGCCCGCCCACCGACCUCAUCUGGAAGAACCAGAACUCAUGGGGCACUGGUGAAGACGUGAGAGUCAUACUGAAGAAUUCUCAGGGAGAGGAGGUUGCUCAAAGAAGUACAGUCUUUAAAACAACCAUACCUGAAGAGGAAGAGGAGGAAGAAGAACCAGCUGCAGUGGCUGUGGAAGAAGAAUAUUUCCACCAGCAGGGAGCCCCAAGAGCCUCCAACCGAAGCUGUGCAAUUAUGUGAACUCGCGAGCCCGCGGUCUUCCGAGAAGCAUGGUAAUCCUUACGCAGUGCAGAGCCUUCCCAGAGCACAGAGUAUUUUUGUAUUUCCUUUAUGUGAAUUUUUAAGCUGCGAAUCUGAUGGCCUUAAUUUCCUUUUCCACACUGAAAGUUUUGUAAGAGAACCAUAUCCGUACACCUUGUUGCAAGAUGUGAAUUACCGACACUGAACUAGCUAACUGUACUGUUUGUCAUGGUUUCCUCAGUUUUUUUAAAUGCAUUUUUUUGGCUUUUUAUUUUUAUUUUUUUUAUAUGCACGUAUGUGGAAUUUUUUUUUUUCUUCUCAGUUCUUAGGAGAAUGGGUCAGGAGGGUAAAUAACCACUGUGUCUGGGGAUAAUUUGGAGAUUGCUCAUCUAGAAUAGCAAUCUGCUCUUGAUUCUUCUCUGCUCUAUUAGAAACGGUGCUGUGAGGGAGGGAGGCAUUUUUCAUUAUAUUGAAUUUUUGUACUGAAUUUUUUUGUAAUACGCAAUCAAGAUGACAAUUUUUUUUAAAUAGAAAAGAAAAAUUUUGUAAGAAGGCAAUAUUAACCUAAUCAUCAUGUAAGCACUCUGGAUGAAGGAUUCCGCAAACCUUUGUUUUAUGGUCACUUCUCUUAGAUUCUUAAUUCAUGAAAGGAAGGGAGGGGGGUGGAGAGGGGAGGGGUGCUCUAUAAAUGCAUUAGUUGUGUUUUUUUAAGAUAGCGUAACAUGCUUAAAUUUCUUAUGUGACAUUAACAAAUAAAAAGAUGUUUUAAUAUGA